GAGCCGUACAGCUGUGCUCCGUGGCUAGCAUAGAGGCUAACAGGCUAACCGUAGCGGUGAAAAUAUCAAGACCCCGUUGACUAAAGAAGACUCCUCGACAGCUACUUUGACACCUUCCAUCUAAAAAUGGGGAAAGGAGGAGGCACAUUUGAGAGGCUUCUGGAUAAAGCCACCAGUCAGCUGCUCCUGGAGACGGACUGGGAAUCCAUUCUGCAGAUCUGUGAUCUCAUUCGACAGGGAGACGCACAGGCUAAAUAUGCCAUUGGGGCCAUUAAGAAGAAGCUUAAUGACAAAAACCCACAUGUGGCCCUUUAUGCACUCGAGGUGCUGGAGUCAGUGGUGAAGAACUGUGGCCAGACAGUCCACGAUGAGGUGGCGAGUAAACAAACUAUGGAGGAGCUAAAGGAUUUACUCAAGAAGCAGACAGAACCAAACGUCAGAAACAAGAUUCUUUACCUGAUCCAGGCGUGGGCUCACGCCUUCCGAAACGAACCCAAGUACAAGGUGGUCCAAGACACUUACCAGAUCAUGAAAGUUGAAGGUCAUGUGUUCCCUGAAUUCAAGGAGAGUGAUGCAAUGUUUGCAGCUGAAAGAGCUCCAGACUGGGUUGAUGCUGAGGAGUGCCACCGGUGCAGAGUUCAGUUUGGGGUUAUGACAAGAAAGCACCAUUGUCGAGCAUGUGGGCAGAUUUUCUGUGGAAAGUGCUCCUCUAAAUACUCGACUAUUCCCAAGUUUGGUAUUGAGAAGGAAGUGCGUGUUUGUGAGCCGUGCUUUGAGCUACUUAACAACCACCCCUCCCUCUCUCCUCCACUUAGGAAAGCUGAAGGAAAAGCCCCUGCUGCCGGACCCUCUGAGCUGCCUCCUGAGUACCUGACCAGCCCGCUGUCCCAGCAGUCACAGAUGCCCCCAAAGAGAGAUGAGGCAGCGCUUCAGGAGGAGGAAGAGCUGCAGCUGGCCAUUGCCCUUUCACAGAGUGAGGCUGAGGAGAAAGAGCGGAUGAGGCAGAAGAACUCUUAUGCCAUGUAUCCCAAAACUGAUCCCACCCCAGUGACUUCCUCAGCACCACCAGUCAGCACCCUUUAUACUUCCCCUGUGAACUCUUCUGCUCCAUCAGCUGAAGAUGUAGACCCCGAGCUGGCACGAUACCUGAACAGAACAUACUGGGAGAAGAAACAGGAAGAAUCCCGCAAGAGUCCGACCCCCUCAGCUCCUGCCCCUGUGCCUCUGGCUGAGCCCCUUCCACCAAUCAGCCAGCCUGUUGAGAGUCAUGUCCCUGUCCAGCCAGUCAGCAUAGUAGAGCAGCAGUACCAGAACGGGGAGUCCGAGGAGAAUCAUGAGCAGUUUCUGAAAGCUCUGCAGAAUGCUGUCACUACCUUCCUGAACCGAAUGAAGAGCAACCACAUGCGUGGGCGCAGCAUCACCAACGAUAGUGCUGUUCUAUCACUCUUCCAGUCCAUUAACAAUAUGCAUCCACAGCUGUUGGACAUCCUCAACCAGUUAGAUGAGAAGCGAUUGUACUAUGAGGGGCUGCAAGACAAGCUGGCUCAGGUUCGUGAUGCACGGGCCGCUCUAAAUGCCCUUCGGGACGAGCAUAGAGAGAAACUGCGUCGUGCUGCAGAGGAAGCAGAGAGACAAAGGCAAAUCCAGCUGGCACAGAAGCUGGAAAUCAUGAGGCAGAAGAAACAAGAAUACCUGGAGAUGCAAAGACAGCUGGCAAUCCAGCGCCUUCAGGAGCAGGAGAAGGAGAGGCAGAUGCGACUUGAGCAGCAGAAGCACACAAUCCAGAUGAGAGCCCAAAUGCCUGCUUUCUCCCUACCUUAUGCUCAGAUGCAGUCUCUGCCCCCCAAUGUGGCAGGAGGGGUGGUAUACCAGCCUGGUGCUCCACCAAGCUACCCAGGCACCUUUAGUCCAGCUGGGUCUGUGGAGGGUUCACCUAUGCACAACAUUUAUAUGAACCAGCAAGGUCAGACUGCACCACCACAGUAUCAGGCCAUGCCUGGUGCUGCCACAGAUCCCAAUAUGGUUAAUGCAUACAUGUACCAGGCUGCAGGCACCAAUGGGCAGCCUGCUCCUCCUCCUGGUCAGGCUCCACCCACUACCAGUCCACCUUACUCCAAUUAUCAGCCCACACCCACACAAGGCUACCAGAACGUGGUCUCUCAGGCCCAGAGUAUGCCCCCUAUGACCCAGGCUCCCACUAACGGAAUGGGCUACAUGGGUUACCAGCCGUACAGUAUGCAGAACAUGAUCUCAGCAUUGCCUGGGCAGGAUCCCAAUAUACCUCCCCAACAGCCGUACAUGCCAGGCCAGCAGCCCGUGUACCAACAGAUGGCUCCCCCUGGUGCUCCACAGCCACAGCAGCAACAGCAGCAGGCGCCUCAGGCUGUGCCUGGCAGUGCAGAAGCACAGCUCAUCUCUUUCGACUGAGAGCCAACACGCUGUGGGGUCCAACACUACACCUUCUUUCCUCCUUUGGCCUUUCCCCUCACCCACUGGACUCUGAGGAAUACCCUCUGAAAACACACACAAACACACACCUCCCACCUUCCACCUUACUGUGAUGUUGUGGCAAUGUAAAUAUUGUGAUGAUGUUGCAGAACUGUCUCUCUCCUUGCAUCUGCCCUAGCUGAAGUAUGUGAAUGCAAGGGGACUAAACUGCAAGAGAGAGAGGGCACCAAAACCAAGACGACUCCUCCUUUUCCCUCUCCUCUUUCCAGCUGAUAUGUAUGUAGUAUUUCCUUAAUAAAUGAGUAACUGAAGAUCAGAAAUAGUCAGUGGUAUUACAUUUAAAAAUAAAUAAGAAAAUAUGAUAAUAAUUGAGAAAAAAUACAACACAUAACCAUCCUUGGUCUCAUAUUUUUCUAAAGCAGAACUUGCAUGUUAAAUUGUAAUUAUUUUCUGGAAUUGACGUGGAGAGACAUCUGUAUGUGCUGUUUAAGUGGUUGAGAUUGUGAUGAAAGAGUGAUGUCUAAGGGGAGAGAGAGAGAGCACUGUCAAAGGCCUGAAAUAACAACCUUAAGUCACAUCUUCAAACGGGUUCAUAGCUUGCCAUUCCAGUCGUAGUUUUUCGGUUCAAAUCUCUUUUCGUGCACACAAUGUCCAUCUUUUCUUUUAAACUCCUUUGUUGUGCACUGCUCGACUUAUCAAAUGUCUUGGUGUAGAUUCUUAAAUGACAAAACAGUGCAGGGACUGUACAUUGUGGAAGGAGUGUUAGAGAGUUAGCUUGACACUUGUUUUUUCCUCACUAAGUAGUUACAUAGUUAAAUCUUUGCAGGUACACACUUGUGACCAUGAAUACCAGUACAUACUAAAGCAGUCAUACAGUUCUUAAAGCAAUCAAGUUAGCAAUCAUAAUGGCAUCUCAAGACUGAAAGAAUCAUAGAAUGAUAACAUAUUAAUAACUCCAAAUGGUCUCCAGGCGCUCCAUCCCAUGUGCAUUUGGUUGUAACUGUCAUAGAUGAGAAUAUCUACGUAAUAUAAAUAAAGAUGGGCAAGCGUUUUUUUAAGUGUACUUUAGGAAGUUUUGGGGCUUGCAGACUGAACAUGACAUGCAGCAUGUGUCACAGCCAUUCAGUGAUUUCUGUAACCCUUCAUUUUCCAUCUGUGAACUUCUUAAUUUCAUCAUACUGAUCUGUCUGACUUAAAAGUAAUUUUGAAAUUAUAUUUAAUAAAUAUCUUGUUCUUAUUGUC